GGAGUGCACCGCCGUGUUGAUACUGUGCACCGACAUAAUGGUGCAGCGCAUGGUUUAAUGGUGCUGUGCACCGCCUGUCAACUAUAAUAGUGCAGUUAUGACUUAUGGUAAAGUGUGACGACAUAAUAGUGCAGUUAUGGUGAACAAGUUGUGGUAAUGUAACGCUUUGCCUUUACGGUGCUGCUGUUGACUGCUGAAGUACAUGCAGCUGUGGGGUGUUAUACUCUUCACAUUGGCAGUCACGGUAUUUUUUUGUGGUGGUACAUUCCACCUUAAUUGUGACCACCUCAAAAGUAAUGGUGCAUCCACGGGUGCAGUAAUGGUGUGCAAGUAUCUUGAUUGCUCUAUUAAUGGUGAAGUAUUUAUAUGUAAUAGUACUAUGCCAACUGUGAUUUGCCUGCGCACUAACCCAAUUCAACGCAUUUUGGAUUCUCGACUAAUUAUAUAUUUUUUUGCAAUGGUCUGCCUUCAUAACUUUUUCCAAUUUCACGUGCAUUCCAAACUUAAUAUCAUGACACAUACCAGUUAUUUUUGCAGGCAUUUUGUUCUAUAGAAAUUAGUGUGUUAAUGAUUGGAAGAUUUUAGAUGUUUUCUUCUCAAGUAUCGAUCAUUUACUCGAUGUAUAUGUAUAUUUGACAGUUCUGUUUACAUGACCCCGCUAUCGGCGUAAGAAAUUACUUUUAUUCUGCCAAGUGUGCAAUGAUAUCCUGGGUGUUCAGUGUGCGCUUAACUUAAAAACUUUCGUGGAACGUUCAGUGGCUCGGUGCUGUCACAGAUAACAUUACGUUACGGUGAACGGAUCAGAAUCUGGCUAUAAGCUUCUCUUCGCAAAUAUCUCCAUCGUGAAGAAAUUAUUUUUGUCAAUUAUCUACACGAUUGUCGUCACAACGGAUCCCUGCAGCUCCCGUCUCUCUCACCUCUGCUGCUGCCACCGCCUAACCUCGGAAGCCUUUGACCUGAACACUUCCAGCAGCAGCAGUGAAGAUAACUCGCAGCCUUUUCAUCAGAACCAACGGAGAAACUCCCGUAAAAGGCCAAUAGAAGCAUCCUCGCCAGAUGCCAAGUUGACCGUUGAAUCCUGUGAAAACCCGGAGAUUCCGUUGGGAUCUCCAGCCAUACGUGAAAAAGCGCCCGCGACUGGACCCUACACGACGGGGAACGUAGAAAGCAAUCAUCAGAACACUGGUAGACUUCGUCGGCUGACGCGUCAGUGCAGCAAUAACAACAAUUGCACUUCCGAAGCUGGGCCUUCGACUGUCGUCUGUGAAGGUCUGGUAUCAUGUGGGUCCAAGUCUGGGCCGCCAUGCCGCUCAUUCAUGUUGGGCUGUAGAAAGAAAUCCCUGAUCAGGAAAGCCUGGCGGAGGCGCGUCAAGCCGCCGGAAGCCCCAAGAUGUUUGUCUCAAAAUACAGCAACGGCGGCCAACUGUACAGCACAGCAAGGAAACAGCACAGCGUUUGCCGUUCAAAUCCAGUCACAAAAUGGGAUUCCAAGUGGACCAUCCCUGCACACCAUCUUAGGAAACCAGUCAGCUCUCAAAACCAGUGCCUUGUCCAUACUGAACCAGUUGAAGGUUUCGGAGCUGGAGAGUCUGAACGCCGCCUUGGAGGCGGGAGGCGCGGGUCCAUGCGUUUUGGUGCCAAACCGAGACGUGCUCGUUGGAGGCGUUGCACCCUUGUCGCCGGCCUUCCUGAGUCUGGCGGUCUGGCGGUGGCCAGAUUUACCUCUCGACGCAACAUUGAGACCCGUUCCACCCUGCACACCAGAUCUUACUCAAGCCUGCAUCAACCCCUAUCAUUCUGCCAUCUGCUGCGCCACUCAAUCAGACUCUCCCCCACCCCCCUACAGAGAACGCCCCUCCCCUCACGAUCGCCUCCACCCCCGCUCCGACGAAGACGACUUGACAUCGUCAAAAUUCUCCCAGUCAUCCAGAUACGAGUCUCAGGAAACCGGAGGCCGCGUUCCGACAAGCGGCUGGUGCAGUGUUCGGUACUGGGAGAAGAGCACGCGGGUCGGCGCAGCGUUCGAGGUAGCGAGUGACAGCGUGAGUGUGGUUGGCAGUAGCGCCUCCUUGACGGUUCACAGCGGCCUCUGCCUCAACCUUCUCUCCGCCUCCCUCUCCAAUACUUCGCAAGAGGCACUCAAAAUCAAAAAUAAAAUAGGCCCAGGUAUUUUAAUAUGUCGCGAGGACUCGGAGGUGUGGCUGUACAAUCAAUCCAACGUAGAUGUAUUCGUUUCAUCACCCGCCCUCCCAGAAUCCAUUGAAGAUACCUCGAGAUUUGACAGCCCAUCGGUACGAAAAAUAAAACCCGGACACACGUUGAAAAUAUUUAGUUUUGAUUUAGUAGAUAGUCUGUCGAGGAUUAGCGCCAAAAGAUCGCGACUCUGCGGUCGUGUCGAUGUAUUUUGUGUUAACGUCUCUUUUUGUAAAGGUUUCGGUUCCAGUUAUAAGCGUAGAGAAAUAACAGCUUGUCCUUGCUGGCUUCAGUUGCAUUUGGAGCCUCCAAGAUGAUGGGAGGAAGUUACCUCCGUAUUCUGCAUGCACAUGAAUACGGCCAGCAAUUUUACAAUCGAACUCCUCAUAACAGGUAUGGGAAAAAACCAUACCCAAAUAGGGCUACAAUGCCUCUUUUUUUUUUAAUUGGUAAAGUGAGCAAGCCUAGAGUUAAUUCUAAGUCGUAAAUACGCACGCUUGUAAUACCAGUAUAAGGAAAUAAUCCGCGCCACAGUUGGGGCAUUAAAACGAAUGCCCUACAUUCGAGAACUUGUCAGCAAUUUUCCCAAAGGACCGCGUACAUUAAAACUGACGUAAUUACCAAGAUGAUUAGUUCGUGCAUGAAUAAUGGCCUAGCACGAAUAAGCCUUGUUCACUGUGAAGGUGCUUCAAGAAUGAAAUGAAACCUUCAAUUAAAGAAGCACUUGUCGCUGAUUCGACUACUGUUGCCAACGAGAUGAGGCUUAGACUGUGAUGCUUCUCGAACAUGAAUGAAAAGAUAUAAGUUAGUGUAUACAAACAAAGGACACGUGUCUUGCCUUGGAAUGUAGGCUGAUGUGUAAGAAUUAUAACGUAUUCGCAAAGCGGAUAAAAAUAUGACCACAAGGCUUGCUUGUGCCGUCAUGAAGCAAGCUAUUAUUACAUGGUGCCAAACGAUCCGUGAAAUGAGCCGGAGUUUUCUUCAGAUCAGAGAAGACAUGGCAGCUGCCCAUCCGUAAAAUACGUUAUCAACUUGAUGGACUAGCCGAAGCAAAUGGUCUUAUUUUAUACGAUUGCAAAUUCAGCUGUGGCCUCUAGGUCAAUACUUUAUUGUCUCCCACUGUUUUCCAUGUCUUUUAUAACAUUUUAAUUGCGCGCUAAUAUGUUUUCAAUUAUUUUGAAGGUAAUGAGUCAGAUUAUUCAAUUGACUGUCUUUCCAUUGUCGAGAAUUUGUGUACGGUAUUUGUAACCUGACAUAGUUUAAAGGGCACGAUUCGACCGAAUGGCUUGCCAAUGUAGACGUUGCCCAAGUCGACUUGCGCGCUCAGUGAACGAAGCAGAACAGUGUACUCCAACAAUUUAAAAGCGAAUUCAGUUUUUUAAAAGAGCAAAGAAAGCCCAAUAAACAAGUAUCAUUUAUUUACUGAGAUAACAAAGAUAAAUAUUCCGUACUCUUUUCUGGUCAAACUAAAGAGCCGGAUUGGUUUCUUGUAAAAAUAAUCGGUUGGUUUGCGAAUAGAAUUGCAGCAUUUUGGUAGCCUUGCUUCACAAAUUAGAAUUGUUGGAGGAUUGUUUCGUGUUAUUCAUGAGUAUGCAGGUCUAUGUCGUUUUUAUGCUGUGAAUGUGUUUUCAAUGUUUUUGUCGUCCUCUGAUAAAAGAAAAUAAUUUUGUAUGCCUUCAUUUUAAGCAACAUCGCUGUUAACAUGAAGCCUUUUAUCAACACCCCGCUGCGUUCCAUCCAUUAAUGUAGCGUGCUGUUUUUUAAUCUCUUGGAGUAUUAGAUAGAAUAUCGAAGAACGAUAUUCUCAUACUCAAUACUCAGUAGGAUUCUUCUACUUCAUCUUCAGUUAUCACUUACUUCAUAUGAACCCUUGCUUUACAAGCUGUCCUCAAUAUGAAUCGUAAAUUCUAGAUCUGAUUUUUAAUAAGCAGGUAAGCCUACGUGUGUGUAUCUUCAGAAAGUUGCCUAUUUUUCUUACAAUUUAAAUAUUGUUUACAUGUCACCCACCGAGAGCGUGCGAUAAUUAUAUUCAUAAUUAUUACCGUCUAAUUGAAAUUAUGAUUCGGUUUGUAUGGUUUCUUGUGAGGUUCAUUUGUUGAAUUGCUUGAACCGAAGCUGUCGCUCUUGCGAAAAAGGGUCUAGUCGAUAUUUCUAUUUUGUCUUAAGUAUGGGUUGAUUUUUUUCUACUCAUAGCGUCAUAAAUGGCUUUCAUUUUAUUGUUUUCAUAACACCUAGCGCUGAAUUUUCUUUUUG